AUGUCGAUAUACUAUGAUGCCAGCACGGUGCUCGGCGCUGCGUCUCGAGCUGGGUCUCUGAAGUCUAGAAUUUAUGACAAUAAGCUGGGCCUUCGAUCUAAGCCAGCACAUUUAUACGCCUUGAUCUCAGAAACUGCGAAAUAUGACUUUUUUCUCAAAGAAGUCAUUGACGAGGCGGAUUUCCUGGCGCAAGAACCUAAGUUAACACCUACCCUCGGUCUGCUUCUAGUUCACGACUACUUCUUUGCCAAAGGCGGGAUCGCUGCCUCCUCGAAUCAUCCCCUUCGCCUAGCCAUCGAGAGACACAAGGCACGACUGCAGGCAGAAUUCACAAAGGCUCGGCUGAGGAAGAGAUGUGCCUCGGUUGAGCGGCUAAAGGCGCUCCUACUGAGCGAGAAGCCGCUCUCAGAUAGAUUGCAACCGCGAUGGAUACGGAUCAAUACCCUGAAGUCAAGUCUGGGGCAUGAGCUAGCGACGACGUUUCAAGAUUACAAGGUCGAUGCUACAAUCGACCAAAUUGCGACUGCGCCUGCGACGGCAAAGAUUCUGGCUAUUGACCAGCAUAUUCCUGACCUGCUGGCCGUUCCACCUGAGGCAAACUUCACAAAGACGCGGGCAUAUACAGAUGGUGCAAUCAUUCUGCAGGACAAGGCUUCCUGCUUUCCUGCCUACCUGCUGGCAGGCGAUCAGAAUGAGACUGGCGUGGUGGGAGAUUAUGUAGAUGGAUGUGCAGCUCCAGGAAACAAGACUACACAUCUUGCAGCUCUCUCGUGCGGGCCCUCCAAGCGCGAGGUCAAUAUUUACGCGUGUGAAAAGGACGAGCGGAGAUCAAAAACGCUAAUCAGCAUGACUCAGAAGGCGGGCGCCCAAAAUGUCACUGUGCUCGAGAGACAGGACUUUCUAGCACUCGAUCCUAAGGAUUCCCGUUUCGCCAAGGUGACCCAUCUACUCCUCGACCCAAGUUGCUCUGGGAGUGGUAUUUUGGGACGAGAGGAUAUCCCCACUCUGUCAUUGCCGAUAGAUCCGAAGUCUCGGAAAUUGAACGGGGAGAUAGAUUCAAAGCGCUCGAAAAAGCGGAAGAGGGAUCAGGGGACGAGCCCGCAAAGCAACGAUGACGCGGCAGAAACCAGCGCGGAAGAAACGAAAGACACCACAUACGACCCAGCCAGGCUGCAAAGACUCGCGACUUUGCAGUCCAAGAUUGUUCAACACGCCUUUGCGUUUCCUGCUGCCCUCAAGGUAACGUAUUCAACGUGCUCAGUACAUGUGGAAGAAAAUGAAGCCGUGGUGGCUAGGGUACUGGAGUCGCCGAUAGCCAUAUCCCGAGGCUGGUCUGUGCUUGGGCGGCAGGAACAAGUCCCCGGUCUUCGUGACUGGGUGCAUCGCGGUGUUGGAACGGCCACGGAUGGCGGCUCGUUGUUAUUGAGCAAUGAAAUUCUAGAGGCCUGCAUACGGUGUGAUCCAGGGGAUGAGCAGGGUACGAUGGGUUUCUUCCUCUGCGGGUUCGUCCGGACACCGUCCGAACCUCACCACGAUAGAUUGAAAACCCCUGGACUGGCUCAGGGCGAUGACCGCUGGGAAGGGUUCAGUGACUGA